AUUCCUUUUAAGGAUACUAAGAAGAUUCCCUUUAAGAAGAUGGCUGACUUGACUCCCUCCAAGAAGCCUUUUGAAUUGGCUCCCUCCAAGAAGCCUCUUGAAUUGGCUCCCUCCAAGAAGCCUUUUGAAUUGCCCCCCUCUAAGAAGCCUUUUGAAUUGCCCCCCUCUAAGAAGGCAGCAGUCCAAGACCGAUGGAGGUGGUUUCUACGGGUUCACCAAACUUUUAGAGCCUUCCAGGACAACCUGGUCAAAGUUGAGAAAACCCAGAUGGCUGCACGUGCAAUCUUUGAGAAGUUUGGGAUGGAAAGUGGGAUAGGGAAGGAAGGCUGGAAACGAUUUCAGUUUGCCUUGAAUAAGGUGCACAGUAAAGGUAUGGUUACUAAAAAACACCUGGAGAGCCUUCAUGACGUGCUGGAGCAGACAGCCCCAGUCAGGCAGAAGGAUUGGGUCCAGAUGGAGAAGUUGGAGUCUACUGCCACCCGACGGGGCAGCCCAGAGUCUCUUCCUCCUCCUCCUCCUCCUCAUCUUCCUCCUCCUCUUCCUCGUCCAUCAGUUCCAUCCAGAGAGGAAGCCAUCUCACCACUGGAAGGCCGAAGAGGGGAAUUUCCAGGUCAGUUACCUUUUCUCUACAAACCACAUCUAGGGAAGGAUUUCUCAGCCCUAGUUGGGCCCACAGGGAGACAAAGCCGACGAACAUCCAAGAUCCAGGAAGUCCUCAACCAGCUAGUUACCUCAGGUACGGCUAGCACCAAACCACAGCUCCUUGAACCAAUCUUUCAAGACCUGGCUAAGAUUUCUCCUGUUUACUCAGAAAAGAUGUUUGAGAUCUUGAGGCUCCAGGAAAAUAUUAAUGUCUGGAAGUCUAGAAUAAUGGACCAAAAGCUCGCCAAGAAGGUGACAAAGGAAGUAUCCCCACGCCCUGCAGUAAGGCCUCAGAGGCCGGGAGCCCCCCUGCCCAGUGCAGCAAGGCCUCAGAGGCCUGGAGCCCCCUUGCCCAGUGCAGCAAGGCCUCAGAGGCCGGGAAGCCCCCUGCCCAGUGCAGCAAGGCCUCAGAGGCCGGGAAGCCCCCUGCCCAGUGCAGCAAGGCCUCAGAGGCCAGGAGGCCCCUUGACCUCUCUGCUGAAGACCCAUGAAAAGAAGGGGAUGCAGUGGGAGACCUUCCUAGCACUCUAUCAUGUCAUCCUGGCACUCCAGCAGCAGGAUGAAAGCGCAAGUUCCAAACUGACGGAUCAGGUCUGCCAAGUUUUUGAUCUCUACAAAAUUAAGUCUCCUGGGAUGAGGAAUCUGCUACAGGACCUCUUGCUCCGGAAAGCUCACCCCAUUCAGCAAAGUGUCUACAAGAAAGCCUUGAAGGUCACCGAGUUGGUCCCUGGGGAGCGGAUUGUCUACCAUAUCCUGUGUGGCAAUGAGUUUCCCCCACCAGAGCAAGCUGGCUUUCAGCUAGUGGUGCCCUUGCCAGAGAAAAACCAAGUGCACACUGUCCUGCCCUUGGGUACCACUCCCUAUGGCAUACUGGAGUUGGCCUGGAGGAGCCUGCCCCAGUCAGACCCCCAUCAGGUUGAGGUUCUGCCCCCAAUCCCCACCACUAUCCCUCGGUGAUACCAGGGUCUUCCCUCUCCUUUCUUCCCCCAACUCCCAGAUUUUUAUCCCUGUGGGGUUAGGGGAAAGAUUCCAGGCAGGCAGAUGAGGCCAAUGAAAGAUGUCCUCCUGCUGAGCUCUUCUGGUGAGCUCUUCAAUUUCCCCAGUUCUCUCUUCCUUUUCCCCAUCAAGUACCCCUCCCCGUAAACUCAAGAGACCCACUUGACUUAUGGUCCCCCCAGGGCCCUCCUGAAAAAUCCUGGCUCCUAACUCUGCUGACUCAUUGUGCAGAUUCUAAGCAAGCCAGGAGGUGAGGGAAGAAGCUGGUAAUGGCUCUCCAAACCAGCCCCAAUUCCCUCUUCUCCACUGGGUUACCAACGGAGCUGAGAAUAUUGAAGGAAAAAUACCUACUGAUGGGAGAAAAGGCAUGACUGGGCCCCAAGCCCUAGAACUCCCCUAGGGGAACCAAGGAAAAGGGAUCUGCAGAAGCUGGGAACCUCUUGAAGUCGAGCUAGCAAAAAUAAUGGGAGCCAGGUGCAAAGGAACAAGGGUUAAUGGUUCCUUUGCUAGAAGGGGCUCGCUCAUUCAGUGCUUUGGGGUCUGAAGCUGGUUGCCCAAUGCUUCUCUAACCUCUCACAGGGUUGGGGCCUUGAACCCUCUGCGUCAAAUAAAAGUUGCAGUAUCAUCUUCCCUUUAA